AUGUCCAUCGCCCGCCCGCCCAUCCCGCCCGCCCUUCACCUGGCACCCCGUCCCACGCCCACGCAGGCCCUCGCCCCGCCCACUCACACGCUCGGUGCUCUAAGUGUAGGCGUGACCUGCCCUGAUUUAGGUCCCUGCGAGGUCACAGGCCCCAGGGCGGCGUCUGAUGUGCCCCUGGGCCUGUCCCCGGGGGAUGGGCGUGGGGACAGCCCGCCCACCGCCGCCCACCCGCCCCUGUCCCCGGCAGAUCAGCCCCUGGACUUGCGCCUCGCUCACAGGAAGCGGCGGGCCAGCGGUGAGGGGCGCCGCUCCCCACGUCCCCCCAGCGAGCCUCCCGCGCCGCUGGUGCCUCCCCAGACGAGCCCCCUUCACGCCCCCCACGAAGGCAUUAAGAUGCUGGAAUGCUACAGACUACCCGCGCCACGCCCCCCUCCGCUGCCCCCCAUCCUGUACCCGCGCCCCCUACACCCCUCCCCUCUGCUGUACCCUGGGGGUGGCCGCGGGGCACUUGCUGGGCGGCCUCAGGGAGCGGCGCCAGGCGGAGCACCCCCCGGGCGUCCUGCGCGGCCCCGGGAGCGGUACUCGUGCAAGUUCUGCGGCAAGGUGUUCCCGCGCUCGGCCAACCUGACGCGCCACCUGCGCACGCACACGGGCGAGCAGCCGUACAAGUGCAAGUUCUGCGAGCGGUCGUUCAGCAUCUCGUCCAACCUGCAGCGCCACGUGCGCAACAUCCACAACAAGGAGAAGCCCUACAAGUGUCGCCUGUGCGAGCGUGCCUUCGGCCAGCAGACCAACCUGGACCGCCACAUGAAGAAGCACGAAUCGGACGGCCCCACCAUCCUGGACAGGGCGCUGCGACCCCCGCCCCUCCUGCCCUCCCUCGCCUUCCCCCUCCUGCCGCUGCCGCCCCAGGACGACGAGGACGAGGACAUCGACGUGGAGAACGAGGAUGACGACGAGGGGGAGGAGAGGGAGGGGGGCGGGACAGGGAACAGGGUGGGGGGCGACAGCCAGGUGUCAUGUGAGGUCACUAUAACCCCCGCCCCUCCUCCUCCCUCCUCAGCGUCCCCCCUCCAGGCGCCGCCCCCAACGCCCCCUCCAGAUAGUUUAGUGCAGGUGUAG